UAUGGGAUUUUGGCCUUUUAGAGCCUGCAGGAUCUUCCUGUUUGGAACGCCAGGGGGGAGGGGCCACUCAGUCCAGUUCUCUUAUACAGUCAAUGGUUUUACCUGUGGGCAAUGUGGUCAGUCGCCAAGGUCACAAUCUCAUGGGGGGACGACACAAGUAUCUAAAAAAUAAAAACAAAAAGUGAAAGUUUCUGUUGUUUUUCUUGUAAUACUUAUUUUCUCCCCACAGGUUUUCUAGACUGAAACUGUCCAUUUUCAGGUAAAGUUCAUGAAAUAUGUGCUAGAGUACCCGUCGUACUAUCAUGUCAAGGUGCUGCUCUGAUCACAGUAUACUACAAUCUCUGUGAAACCAGCUGACAGCUGCAGAGGAAGUGAACAGGAAGUCUGACUGAAAUAGAUAGAUAGAUAGAUAGAUAGAUAGAUAGAUAGAUAGAUAGAUAGAUAGAUAGAUAGAUAGAUAGAUAGAUAGAUAGAUAGAUUGUGUGAUGUGAUCUUGAGUGGAGGCUGCAGAAACUUGUACUCUGUCCUCUCUGAGGUGUGAGUCAAAGCUUCGCUCUAACCACAGCUGCAUUUCCUCUAGCUCUCAGUAGAAGAGAGUGGAAACUUCUGCUCCUUCUCUCUGUACCACCUCUGAUAUUAAAGGUUUCGACUCGUCGUUCCUCCAGAGAACCUGUGACUCCGUUCAAAGACCAGCUGUGAGGAGCUCCUUCACCUUCAUCAUCUCCAACAUGAAGACUUCUGCCGUCCUCCUGCUCUGCAUGCUGGGAGCUGCAGUCUUCAGCAGCGUCUGCUGCAGCCGGUCAAUUGGACCUGAUAACUGCUGCUUCAAAUUUUACCCCGGAAGAAUUCCAGAAAACCGGAUUGACUCGUAUAUUCUGACUGAUAAUCGCUGCCCCAAGCCUGGGAUCAUCUUGAAGACCGAAAAGGGUUCAAAUGUCUGUGUGGAUCCAAGCCAGUCUUGGGUCAAAGACCUCAUUCAAAGUCUGCGUGAGGGAUGGAAACCUCCGGCCCGUAAGUGGUCCUGCAUGCUUUGAAAGAUACCCUAACGGACCAUCAAACCAACACACCAUCAUACCUUAACUCACCAACACCUGAGUAUAUGUGUAUUCCAAUUGGCUAAAUCACCUGAACCAGGUGAUCAGUCAUGAGUUUGGACUUAUGGAACUCAUGCAGACUCUGCGGCCCUCGAGGUCUGGACCUUCUGAGGUCCUUCCAGCUUUCCUCCUUUUGUCACUCAGCAGUGUGAUUUUCGCUUUUAGACUUGAUCUACAUUUUAAUCUCAGACCAUAUGGAUCAUUUACAGUGAUUAAAGUCAUGUUGAUCAUUAUAGAAUAGUAAACUGUUCAAAUGUUUCUGUCUGUUCAUGUUCCUUUGAUUCUGUAUGUAAUAAAAGGUUUUAUUUUCUUGGUGUUUUUAUCAUUUUUUUACUUUUUACAUCAAAAAUUCAAAUGCUUUUCUUAUAAAACAUCAUUGUGAUGUUAUUUUUCUGAUUAUAAUUCUUAUAUAAUUAUAAAACAUAAUAUUACUAUAAACUCUUUUAAAGGUUUACAAUCUUAAGACAAAAUACUUCUUAUUUUUUUAGUUUAUUUUACACUAAAAUUAUUUUCCUAUUUU